AUGGAUCUGCUUUUUGUUCCCUCGCCUUCACCACACCUUGCGGACUAUAUCGUUAUAGCAAUCUUUCUCUGUAUCUGUAUGGGAAUCGGCAUCUACUAUGGUUUCAAAAGGAAUCAAAAUCUUACGCUGGAAAAUUAUUUCUUCGGAAAUAGACAUCUAUCACUUAUACCAGUUGCAAUGUCCCUUUUCGUCACAUUCGUUUCGGCAAUAUCCCUCAUGGGUAUUCCAGCCGAAGUAUACGCGUAUGGAAUUCGAAUUGUUUACUACGCCGUAUCAAAUGUGAUUUCUGUUAUCAUAGCCAAUUUUACCGUCGUGCCUUUGUUGUAUCCACUAAAACUAUCCAGUAUAUUUGAGUAUCUAGAACUAAGGUUCCAGUCCAAGGCCGUACGAAGGAUAGGAACGAUGAUUGGGAUGCUUCUAACUAUCAUGGAUAUGGGAGUGACAUUGUAUGCACCAAGUUUAGCUUUACAGUUCGUGGCUGGAAUACCUUUGUGGGUUUCUAUAGCUGUCAUUGGGCUUGUUUGUACUUUAUACACAACAAUCGGAGGAAUCCAGAGUGUAGUGUGGACAGACGCGUUCCAGUUUGUGAUGAUUUUUAUUGGAUUGGUAGCGGUCACUGUAAAGGGCGGUAUGCUAAUGGAAACACGUCAUUCUGUUGUCGGAAUCGCAAAUGAAGGCCGACGGCUUGAUUUUAUAAACUUUGAUCCUGAUCCUAGAAGCCGCCACACUAUUUGGGGUACGUGUGUAGGAUUUGCCUUUACCUUCCUCUGUUACUGGUGUAAUCAGUCAAGCUUCCAGAGAAUGUCCUCUCUUCGCAGUCUCAGAGCAACUAAAAUUGCCAUUUGGAUGCUGAGUCCAAUGAUUGUGGUCUACUUUAUCUUCCUUGGGUAUUUGGGUAUCAUUUUGUACUCCUAUUACAACACUGUCAAUUGUGAUCCAGUUGAAUCCGGACUCCUAACAAACUUCAAUCAGCUGAUGCCAUACUUCGUGCUGGACGUAUUGCGGUCACUUCCAGGUUUAUCUGGGGUCUAUAUCAGCUGUUUGUUUAGUGGAACUUUGAGUACACUUUCCUCUGGAAUCAACGCUCUAUCAGCGAUCACUGUGGAAGAGAUUCUCGGCAGCUGUCUACAUAAAUCAAAAACAAUAUCACAAACAUUCGUAGGGAAACUGUUAGUCUCGUUGUAUGGACUGGGAAUUAUUGGUCUGGCGUAUGGUAUCAGUUCCAUGUCAGGUUCUGUAAUCCAGAUUUUCGCAGUUGUAACUGGGGCAUGUGGAGCAGGACCUUUGGCAGGGCUCUUUUUCCUCGGUGGAAUGACACCAAAGGCAAACUGGAUAGGAGCUGUAAUAGGUAGUGUGACAGCUCUCGUCUGCAACAUUUGGAUAGCAUUAGGAGCCCUAAUCUACGGGAAGAGCCCAAGCACGUUACCUCCUAACCCUACAAGUGGGUGUUUCGCCAGAAACAUUACCAAUUCAGUUAACGACUCAUCGAUGUACAUUCAAAAUACUACAAAUACUACCUGUUUAUAUGAUGUACUUGGAUACUCAAGCAUGUCCCCAAACGUCUUAGUCACUCCAGACGAAGGAUUUUUCUUGUACAACGUGUCCUAUAUCUGGUACGGCUUCAUCGGGUUCUUCCUCACCCUUAUCAUUGGCAUCGCCGUUAGCUUGUGUACAAGUGGGUUCCAUGAUCAACCAGUAGAAGCUCAAUUUAUCUUCCCUCUAUGCAGGAAAAUGUGUAGCCUGGAACCUGAUUCCACUUAUGAAGAGACCGACUCGGAGAAUCAGAAUGUCCCGCCGAUGUAUCCAGAACAACAACCGCAUGUGCUUCUUGUUGGAGCGUCUAUGAAAUCUUAA